GCUUGUAAAUGCGAGAGGAACUAAUUACAGCACUCGAAAGUCUUCGUACGGAACGUUUUACUGUUGCACACACCCUGUGAUCAGCUUUGGUCUAAGCUGACUGUUUCCUGAGCGGUUGUACAUUUUUCUUGGUGAGAGAUGCCAAAGAAGAAGACUGGUGCUCGUAAGAAGGCUGAAAGCCGAAAGGAGCGAGAGAAACAGACCCGAGCCAACAAAGAUAAUGUCGAUGUGGCUAAACACCCGUGCAACUUCGCCAUGGAAUGUGAUAAAUGUCAAAGGCGGCAAAAGAACAGAGCAUUCUGCUAUUUCUGCUCGUCAGUGCAGAAACUUCCCAUGUGUGCACAGUGUGGCAAAACAAAAUGUAUGAAGUCUUCAGACUGUGUCGUCAAACAUCCUGGCGUUCACAGCACCGGAAUGGGGAUGGUGGGGGCCAUCUGCGAUUUCUGUGAAGCCUGGGUGUGCCAUGGCAGGAAAUGCCUAAGUACCCAUGCCUGCUCUUGCCCCCUUGUAGAUGCAGACUGCAUUGAAUGCGACCGCAAUGUGUGGGAACAUGGUGGUCGAAUUUUCCGUUGCUCUUUUUGCCACAAUUUUUUGUGCGAGGAUGAUCAGUUUGAGCACCAGGCGAGCUGUCAAGUGUUGGAGGCUGAGACUUAUAAAUGCUUAUCCUGCAAUCGACUUGGUCAGUACUCUUGUUUACGAUGCAAGGUGUGUUUCUGCGACGAUCAUGCCCGAAGCAAAGUAUUCAAACAAGAGAAAGGCAAGGCUCCACCGUGCCCAAAGUGUGGACAUGAAACUCAGGAGACCAAAGAUCUGAGCAUGUCCACUCGAAACCAUAAAUUUGGUCGUCAAAGUGGCACUGAUGAGGAUGGAGCAUCAGGAUACAGCUCGUACUGGAAAAAUGUAGAAUGUGGAGCAGGAGACGAUGAUGACAUCGAGGAUGACUAUGACUUUGAUGAUGAAGAGGAAGACAACGAUGAGGAGGUGGAGGAUGAUGAUGAUGACGAAGAGGAGGAAGAUGAUGCUGAGGUUGAGAACUCGCUGUCAAAUCUCAGCUUGGAAGCCACCUGUGGAAAGACUUCAUAGAAAUGGAAAAAAAGAUUUUGUGUUUGAGAUUGUGCAGGUUUAGACCCAAAGUGUGACUCAGAGUUUAAAAAGUGAGUUUAACAUUGUCAGAUCUAACUAUUUGUGUCUACAUUUUAAGACAUCAUUUUGAAAUUCAGAUAUAUCUGAAGUAAUAUUUUUAAAAGUAAGUUUUGUGUCAUUUUUCAUGGUUACCUCAGAAAACCUGGGAAUAUAAAUUGAGAUUUCGUGGCCUGGAAACGAAUGUCAAUGAAUAAAACUUCAAGUAAAAAAAGUCUCUAACGUUAUGUGACCGAUUUCAUUGACAUAUUUUCCUAAAGAAAAAAAACCCCACUUGGAGCAGUGUUUUCAAAUGACGUCAGUUUUGGGCGGGGACACCAGUUGGUAUACGAGGGUUUUUAACGAAGUGCACAAUGCCAUGUAAUCUUAUCUAAAUAUAUAUUGUUCAAAAAUAUGUUACUAUUAAUAAUAAUCUUACUAAGAUUAAUAUAUUACAUAUGAAUAUUUGAAAGUAGUUACACUAUUGAUCUAUGAAGUGAUUCGUGGUUUUCAGAUGCUAUCGUGUGCAUUAUAUGGUCAAAUAAACUACGAAACACUUUCGUCAACUAGUUUUUCCUCACAGGUGUCUGAAAAUACUCGCCAUUAUAACGCCCAAAAUAAAUGAUACACAGAGUGUUCAUACUGCCAAGUGAUCAUUCACAUUGUAUAAAAGUGAAAGAGGUUCAGUCGACGGGCUGGGCGGUCUGUCAGUGUGCGUGGAUUUCACUAGCAGAUCAGGGGUAGACGAGACGGGUUCAAUGUGCGCUCGCGGAGGAAUAAUGUAUAGAAGAAUAUCUCGCUGGAGUAAUAAAUAGGAUUUAACACAUUCAAUGACACACUUCAAGGAAUUUUGCAUAAGGAAAACAUGUGAAUUGUAUGCAGCUCUCGUGGUUGGCCUACCAACGAUCUGGGUUCGAUGAUUCUUAUGACCAUCUGCUUCGCAAUAAUCGUAGGAUUUAGGAACAAACCACCAAAACUAAAAACAAUGCUGUCUAAGUGCUCUGUUGCCUGUGGCUGACAGUCAUGAAAUGCAGGCUCUGAAAGACCUCCAGAAUGCUCUAAACCAGACAAGAGCUGUGUUUGAA